GACGAUCAGGAAGAGAGACAGACAGAGAAGGGCCGGUGUACAGACAAACUGCUCACUGCUGCUGUAGGCGGAGGGGGCCCGGCCGCCUUUAUCAGCACUCAUUCUCUCCUACAAACUGCUAAUGACCCACUCCCAAAGCAUCGCUUGAUAAAACCAAAAUCACCACCCACUCUUUAAUAAUCAAUACGCCUGACGACCCAGGGAGCAUCAUGCGGCUCUUCGGCUUUUUGAUGAAAAACCCCAUUCCGAAGCAGGUCGAAUAUUACUCUCGGUUCUCCCCUUCUCCUCUGUCCAUAAAGCAGUUCCUGGAUUUCGGUCGUGAUAAUGCAUGUGAAAAGACAUCUUUUAUGUUCUUACGAAAGGAGCUACCAGUUCGAUUGGCUAACACAAUGAGAGAAGUGAACUUGUUGCCUGAUAACCUGCUCAGCAGGCCCUCUGUGCGACUUGUCCAGAGCUGGUAUAUGCAAAGUUUUUUAGAGCUGCUAGAGUUUCAGAGCAAAGGGCCUGAAGAUUCUCCUGUGUUGAAUGAUUUUCUAGAAUCUCUGAUUAAAAUCCGAAAUCGACACAAUGAUGUAGUGCCAACCAUGGCUCAGGGAGUUAUUGAAUACAAAGAGAAGUAUGGUUUUGACCCAUUUAUUAGUAGUAACAUCCAGUACUUUCUGGACCGUUUCUACACCAGCCGUAUUUCAUUUCGGAUGCUUAUCAACCAACACACUCUCCUCUUUGGAGGUGACACAAAUCCAGCACAUCCUAAGCAUAUUGGGAGUAUAGAUCCGAGCUGCAAUGUUGCUGAUGUUGUUAAAGAUGCAUAUGAGACUGCAAAGAUGUUAUGUGAGCAAUACUAUAUGGGAUCUCCAGAACUGGAGAUUGAUGAGUUCAAUGCGAAAACAUCUGUGAAACCAAUCCAAGUGGUGUAUGUACCGUCGCAUCUUUUUCACAUGUUGUUUGAACUUUUCAAAAAUUCAAUGCGAGCUACUGUAGAACUUCAUGAAGGCAGAAAAGAAGGUUACCCUCCUAUCAAAGCUUUGGUCACUCUGGGGAAAGAAGAUUUGUCUAUUAAGAUAUCUGAUAAAGGAGGUGGUGUUCCUCUGCGGAAGAUCGACCGUCUGUUUAAUUACAUGUAUUCAACUGCACCCAGUCCCAGCUUACACCCAUCACAGGCUGCUCCUUUGGCUGGAUUCGGAUAUGGCUUGCCAAUCUCCCGCCUAUAUGCUCGUUAUUUUCAAGGGGACCUCAAGUUGUACUCUAUGGAAGGACUGGGCACGAAUGCAGUCAUCUACCUGAAGGCUUUGUCAAGUGAGUCAUUUGAACGACUUCCUGUUUUUAAUAAAUCAGCUUGGCGGCAUUACCAGACCACUCCAGAAGCAGAUGAUUGGAGCAAUCCCAGCAGUGAACCAAGGGAUGCUUCCAAGUACAAAGCCAAUCGGUAGUCCUGCUCUAACCUCAGUCUGAUGACCAGUGUUCUGUGUACACCAUAGAAACUAAGCUAUAUGUGUUUAUGACCUUGGAUCCAUCAAGAAUGUGUGGCGAGUACAUAAUUCCUCUGUUGAUUACUGAAGCCUCUUUAGGAAGAUGUGGAACACUUACAAGGUUAAUCGAAAAAACAUAUAAUUCAAAUGCAGUUUUGCACUUUAGACUGUACUAGUCUUUUUUUUUAAAUGGUGUUACUUGGAUGUUUUAGCCUCUAUAGAUCUAUAAUAUUUUGUUAAAAUACUGGACUGCUGAAUGAUGAAGGAGCCUCUGCAGCUGAACAACGGUUCUAUGGAGCAGUGCUUGAAAUCAAACUUUUUAAAAUGGUCAGUAUUAUUUGUCAGAAGUAUGUAGGAACGUAUGAUUUAUUUUAAUAUCUAAAAGUGUUGGGAAUUUCAUACAAUUUUAAACUGCUUUAUUUUUCUGCUCAACUGAGGGUUUGCUUUUAAUCCUGUUAAAAUCUACUUAAAUUUGACUCUCAAUAUUCAAAAAUUCCAACAAUAUUGUUGAUACUUCCACCAAUUAGGAAUGGAGAAAUCUAAAGAAAUGUGAAUCAGGAUGGAUUUCACCUUUUUGGAACUAGUGCAAACAACAGCUGCUCUGAAUUUUUUUUUCACUGAAAGUUGCAAAAGGAUUCUCAGUAAGUAGUUUAUUCAGUGACAAUCCACUUUCCAAAAUUCACAGGAUGAAAUUGCCCAGGGUAAAAUUGGUCAGGCAUUAUUGGAUUGCUUUGAGGGAGCUUUUGCAUUGCAUCAUCCAAGACAUUUGCUAUUAAUAGUGUAAAAGUAAAAUGAUCCUUUCUGAAACAAUUUUCCUUAAAUUUAAAGUUUGGAGACUAUCAUUAGUUUUAGCAGGAGAGUAUCACAUUGACUGCUUAUGUUGUACUCCGUCUGGUUAUCAGUUUGAUCUGUUAAAAGCAAUUUGGGUGGCAUGUGUACAACUACUGGUCAGUUCACUACCACCAGUUUCCCACUCUGUCACAUUUGAAAGUUACCCCCUCAAAAGGUAAUUUCUAGCAGAUCAAUGAGGUUGCAUUUUCUAAAAGAAAUGACAUUGAUUUUGACAUAAUAGAUGAGAAAUGCUGAGUGGACUGUGGGUGGGGGAACAGUCUGUAAAUCAGGUUAAAACCAACAGUGCAAGAUUCAACCCCUGUUCUAGCUGAUCUAGGCUCAGCACCUGCCUUUUCACUGAAUCUGUAGUAAACAUGCACAAUUCUUUUCUGUGGUUUAAUGAAUAAUUGCCAAAGACCCACCUUCUGUCAGGGAUCUCAUGAAGAAGAUCAUCAGUUGGAAUUGUUCAAUCUCAUUCUGCAAGAAAUGAAUUAUGUCAGCACAGCCUGGAUUGUAACCAGCUGGACCGUCAAUUGCAUGCUCACAAGUGCUUUGUUUUGAAUUAUUUAUUUAUAUAGUAUUCACCAGCUGAAAGAACAAAAUGUCUAAACAAGAUGUUAAUCUAAGUUGGUGUGGGUGGGUGGUGUUCUUUUCUUUUAGCUAAUAAAAGUAUUUAUUUCCCCUUGCAAAUAUCCUUGAUAUUCAUAUGCUACUGGGGUUGCCAUGUGUCAGUAACCAAACAAAAUUACAUUUGUAAGUGCUGAUUCUUUCUUACCUACUUUGCAUUGUUAUUGCACUGUUUUAAGCUAUUAAAACAUAUAUCAUGAAGUAACAGUUAUAAAGUGGAUUAUAUAUCAGAAUGCAUAGGUACAAUUGUGAUGCAAACAAACUUGGCCUCAACUGACCUUCAAUUUGGUGAAAAUGUGUUGAGGAAAUGAAAGUGACUACAAACCAAAACUUGCAUAUUUUGCAAGACGACUUGUCAAAGCUUUCAGAUUCACGAAAGAGCCGUUCUUUUUGCCUCUUCACCAUAUACAGUUGGAAUUGGAUCAUGUCAACACUGAAGGUUUUCCUUGUGUAUAGAUGAUUUGCAUUUCAAAAUACAUGCAAGGCACUUGAUUUGUGGAUUUUCAUAGAAUAUAAUCCUCAAAAGAUUAAUAUAAAUCUUGAACUCUUGCAAUGAAACCACAAUUUGACUGACUCUUUCACCAUAAGUGUUUAUCAAAGUGAUGCAUGUAAUGAUAGUUGUGCUGUAGUACAGAACCAAGAUCACUGAAAAA